CGUAAACAUAACCUAAUUUCUAAUUAACUUUUAGGACUCUCACAUUUCUUAUUAAUAAUAUAUUUUGCGGUUAAUUUUACUGCAUUAAGCCAGCAAUAUGUCGGAGCGUAAAGUUUUAAACAAAUAUUAUCCACCGGAUUUCGAUCCGUCGAAAAUCCCUCGUAUGAAAUUGGCUCGAAAUAGGCAAUACACGGUACGUUUGAUGGCCCCUUUCAAUAUGAGAUGCAAAACUUGUGGAGAAUAUAUUUACAAAGGAAAAAAAUUUAAUGCCCGUAAAGAAGAUGUUGAAGGUGACGACUAUUUAGGAAUACGAAUUUAUAGGUUUUACAUAAAGUGUACUCGAUGCCUUCAAGAAAUAAGUUUCAAAACAGAUCCUAAGAACACAGAUUACGAGAUUGAAGCAGGUGCCACUAGAAAUUUUAUGGCUUUAAAAUUGGCUGAAGAACAAGCUCAAAGAGAAGAAGAUGAAGAGAAAGAGGAAGAAGCUACAAAUCCGAUGAAACUUUUAGAAAAAAGAACAUUGCAAUCGAAACAAGAAUUGGAACUAUUAGAAUCUUUAGAAGAAUUAAAAGACUUGAACCGUAGACAACAAGCCAUUGACUAUGAUCAAAUGUUAGAACAAUUUGAUACAGAAGCAGCCAAGCAAAGAACAGAGAAAGAACAAGAGGAAUAUGAUGAAGAGUGUGUUAAAGCAAUAUUUGGUAAAAAAAUUGUUGUGGAGGAAGAAAUUGUAGAAUUAGAUGAAAUUGGAACCAGUGAGCCAUCAAAAAAGAAAGCUAAAAGAAGUGAAAGGAAAAGUGAAAAUAAUAAGGUUUUGCAUACAACAGAACCAGAAAAGCCUAAGAACAAUCAAAAGAUAAAACCAUCUGAAACAUCAUUGUGGACUGAAACUGCAUCAUCAUCAUCGAAUAGAAAAAACUUAUUAGGUAUAGUUAAAAGAAAAACAAAUGUAGGUAUCAAAGUGAAUCCAAACCCUGCAGUUAUCAGCCCAGAUAAUGGAGAAAAGCAAACUGUGACAAGAAAAGAAACAGAUGUUUCUUUGGAAGAAAGUAAAAAUUUAAAUACAAGCACUGAAAAUGCACAUAACUCAACAAGCAGUUGCCAUAAUGGUCUCUCCUUACUGGGUGCAUAUUCUGGCAGCAGUGAUAAUGAUAGUGAUUAA